AAACUGACAAUCAUUGAUUGUCCAAAAAGGGGGUGUGUCUGACAAAUAGAACUUCCGGAACACCAGACGAUUUUUUCUUAGCAGGUGCCCGUGGUGCUUGAUUGGUUAAGUGGAUGCAACUUUUGAAAACGAUGUUAUUUAACUGAGGCCUCGGUGUUGUGCAUACUAUUGUAAAUGAAAGUAAUGACAAAAUUCGAACUAUUUCAUAUUUUGUUGUCAAUCCUAAUAUGGCUAAAUCAUUUUGAUUGCAAUUUUGUAAAUGCAUCGUCUGCAUUGGAACAGAAUGUGGAUACCAAAAAAACUUUCAUAUAUGGACCAGGGCUUGAUAAAAAAAUAACAUUACCUGUAAGAUACUUUUAUAUCCAACCUGUGGACAUCAAUAAUCUUAAUAUUACAAGGUCCCUUGGAGACAAAGCUUUUGAUGUGACAGUAACUCAAGCCAAUGGAAACCGUGCUCGUGUAUGGGUACAGUUACUGGAUCCUCAGGAUGGUAGCUACAUUGUACGCUAUAGGCUGUAUGAGUCCUACUCUGAUAUCACCAUUAAUGUCAAAUACAACGAACAAAAUGUGGCGAAAUCUCCUUAUAAACUCUCAGGUAUGGUAUAUCAUGAGAAAUGUAACUGUCCAGUCAAUAGAAUUGAUAAGUGGUUUGAGGUAUUGGGUUGUCCAGAAACCUACCAUCAGAUAGACGAAGAUCUGUCCAUAUUUGACAAUGUGGAUUUAGAAAAGGUUGCAGCUGAAGCUGUAUCUAGGUUUAGUAACAGGGGAAUGCAUAGUCUUAGUCACUACAGAAUCAUUAAUAAUAAGAUAUACAGGAAGACAUAUGGAGAACAUGUAGGAUUCAAGAUGUUUAGUGAUUCUGUUUUAUUAUCCUUGACUCGUAAGGUUUUGUUACCAGAUGUUGAAUUCUUUGUAAACCUAGGAGACUGGCCAUUAGAGAAGAAAGACAAGAAAGAUAACCCACUGCCAAUAUUCUCAUGGUGUGGGUCAGAUCUCACCAGAGAUAUUGUUAUGCCAACUUAUGACAUCACAGAGGCUACUAUUGAAAUGAUGUCAAGAGUUUCUCUAGAUGUUUUCUCAGUUCAGGGUAAUACAGGACCACAGUGGGAGAACAAGACAUCUAAAGCAUUCUGGAGAGGUAGAGACAGUCGACAAGAAAGACUUGACCUAGUUGAGUUGUCUAGGAAACAACCUGAAAUCAUUGAUGCAGCAUUGACACACAUGUUCUUCUUCCCUAAAGAGCCUGAAAAAUAUGGGGAACUUGUCAAAACUAUUUCAUUCUUUGAAUUUUUUAAGUAUAAAUAUCAAAUUAAUAUGGAUGGUACAGUGGCUGCUUACAGAUUCCCGUAUUUACUGGCUGGAGAUGCUGUCGUCUUCAAACAUGAAUCAGAAUAUUACGAACAUUUCUAUCAUGAUCUUCAACCAUAUGUCCAUUAUAUUCCAUAUAAAAAAGAUCUAAGUGACUUAGUGGAACAGAUAGAAUGGGCGAAGAGUCAUGAAGAGGAGGUUUUAAAGAUUGUCAGCAAUGCAAGAUCUUUUGUGAGAGAAAACUUGUUACCAAAAGAUAUAUAUUGUUACCACGCAAAAGUGUUCAAUAAAUUUUCAAAAUUAUUAAAAUACAAACCCAAAUUACCUGAUUCUAGCUGGGAGUUAGUGGAACAGCCUACAGACAAUGAUGCUACGUGUGACUGUAAAAGGCCAACAAAGUCAAAGAAAAAGGAGAAAAAAGAUGAAUUGUGACACCAUUGUUAGUUUCCAUGACUACAUAAUAGUCAUCUGAAGAGGGACCAAUCAUUACGAGAAGGAGGCUAAUUGCCAUGGUCGACAGAUUGACCUAAAUGUGAUGAUGUCAGGAAUGAUUUAAAAUGAUGUGCAAUAUUGAAAUAUUCAGGAGAUAUCUUAUUGACUGUACUUUAGAUUCAUGAUAGUCAUUAUUCAUAAGAGAAUUAUAUUUAAUUUUGAUUUUGGCCCAUCUUUCCAUGACUUCAUUAUUGAAAAUUACUUUCAUAUUGUACAUUUGAAAUGGGUAUUAUUGAAAAGUUUUUUUUUUUUGUUGCAUUAACUUCAUAUUAUGCUAAUAUAAUUUUGUUGCAAUUACGAACCAUAUUUAAUUGGUUUUUUUUUUCCAUUAUUUUUGAAAAACAUCAAUAACCAUAUUAACAAACAACAUUUAUAAAAGUUUAGUGCUUGGUGCUUUUAUUGUGGUGGCAUUAGUAUAACUAGUGACCUUUAUCAAGGGUGUAGUCUUUGAUUUUGAAAAAU